GUGACAUUCUGACAUUUAUCAUGUAAAAACAAUGAUAAGGAAAUUGAUAACAGUAAUACCAAAUAUUGGUGAACCAAAAGUAUAAUUUAAAAUUAUGUGAUUGUGUAGCACGGGUGAGAACCGUAUAAUAAUAUAAAAAGAUCAGUUAUAGUAUUUUCUAUAACUCAAUAUUUUUAAAAGAUCCAAUUUUAUAGCAUGACUAAAAACGACCUUAUGGACCUAAAGGUAUGGGUGAUAAAAUUCUGCUUAAAAUUACUUUAUCCAAAGUUAAAUGUGAAUAUAUUUCUAAUUUACCUUGCUAUAAAAUAUAGAUAUUAUUAUAACAAAGGUUAUCUGAAUGCUAAGAAUAUGAAUAUAUAUGCAAUCAAAACAAUUCCAAAAAAUCUUAUAUUAUCUCUUGUAAAGGAUAAAAUCAAAAACAAAAAUUUAUCCAUACUUUUACAUAAAUGCAUUAUCAUUUCGUAUGAACAAUUUAUUGAAUUGAGUGUUGAAAAUUUAUUUUACAAAGAUAAUGGUGUUUUGUGGGUUACAAUGAAAACAUCACCACAACAGAAAAGAAAACAAGCUGAUAAAAAGGACAAAACUAGCAUUAAAUAUAAUCUAAACUUUUUUACAUCAGAAAUUCAUAAAAAUCUAUGGAAUGAAUGUGGGCCUCAAAUUGAAAGUGAGAAAAUAGUACCCAUUAUUGGGUCACCUUUAGUAAAAAAAAAUGUGGCGUACACAAAUGAAGAUGAAUUUUUAAAUAUAGCAUCAACAUUUGGGCUCAAUAACAGCUUAGACAUUGAAGUCUCAUUCCACCCUUUAAAUUCCUUUGAUAAUUCACCAAAAAUAGCAAUAAGCGCUGAAGUUAAUCUUAUUGUGAAUGAAUACGAUAUAGAAAAUGAUUUUUUGAAAGAAGUACUAAGUAACCACUUUGAAAUUCCUAAAAUUGCAAGCGAAAAUGACAUAAUUGCCAUAGAUCUCACACCUAUAAUAAUAUCAAAUUUCAACUACAAAUAUUUAGAUAUGAUUGAAACAAAUAAAAAACUAUAUUUUAAAUGUAAGAAAUUGAUAGGAGAUAAAGUUAACAAUGACAGCCAAACUAACAAUAACAUAAUACCUUCAUAUUAUAUUGUAAAAGGUGUGACAAAAUUGACUUUGGGAGAAAAUAUUCAUGCUCUUAAAACAAAGAAUAAGUUUCAUGAUGUUGAUCCUGUAGUAAAUACACAUAGCUUACCUCUGUGUCCUGCUGGACUUAGAGACAAAUUUUAUCAAUUACAAGAGGCCAUUGAACCUUUUCUAACUGGAGACAUAGAAGACUUAUCCAGUUCUUUGUCCAUUCCAAUCAUUCCAAUGCUACUCUUAACUGGAUCUAUUGGAUCUGGCAAACAUCUGCUUGUGAAAUGUUUGGCUAAAUAUAAUGGUCUUAACUGUCUACAAAUAGAUUGCAGCUCUUUACAAAAUUCAACGGCUAAACAAACAGAAAGCAAAAUAGAUUCAAUGAUACAGAAAACAAAAGCAGCCGCUCCAGUAAUAGUUUUAAUGGAUAAUUUUGGUAUUUUCGCUGUCGACGCUGAGAAUAAUGAGGACUUUAGGGUGAUGGAGUACUUCACUAACACAUUAACAGAUUUAUUUAACAACUACACGAAGCAUCCCAUCAUAUUUAUAGCAUUAACGGAAAAAAAUAACUUAAAACCUAACAUGAUGAGGAUAUUCCUUGAAAAAAUUCACAUACCAAAAUUAAACCUACAGCAGAGAUUUGAUAUGUUGCAAUGGUAUGCAUCGGUUAUGAACUUAAAUGAUGUGGACAUACAAAAAACAAACUUGAUCGAUAGUGAUAGCUCAGAGGAUCAUUGCUUGAGCAGUUUUAUGAAAGAUAUUCUAUACAGGGUGGCAUCAAAGACAGAAACAUUUGCCCAUGGCGACUUAGAUACGCUAAUGCACUUUGCUUUGAGAGAAUCUUACUUGAAGCAAACUAAUUCUCCAACACAAAUAUCACGUGACCCUAAUUUGAGUCUUAUUCAGGAGGAAGAUUUCAAUAAUGCUUUAGAGUCAAUAAGGAACCUUCAGAGUCAACACUUAGAUGCACCGAAAAUUCCUAAAGUAUACUGGGAGGACAUUGGUGGGUUAGAGAAACUCAAGAAAGAAUUAUUGAAGACGAUAGAAUUUCCAAUUAAAUUUCCUCAUCUAUUUAAAAAUUCUUCACUAAAGAGAUCUGGUAUUCUACUGUAUGGACCUCCAGGUUGUGGGAAAACUUUAGUAGCAAAGGCUGUUAGUACUGAGCUGAAUGUCAGCUUCAUGAGCGUCAAGGGCCCAGAGCUGCUUAACAUGUACAUUGGACAAUCUGAAGAAAAUGUUAGAAAAGUUUUUGAAGCGGCACGUGCAUCGUCCCCGUGCAUAGUGUUCCUGGACGAAUUGGAUGCACUGGCCCCUCGACGGGGUGCGGCGGGGGACUCUGGAGGGGCCAGUGACAGAGUAGUUAGUCAACUUCUUGCUGAAAUAGAUGGUGUUGCCAGUGGGGAAGACGCAGAAACGUCAAAUUUCGUAUUUAUAAUGGGAGCAACAAACAGACCAGAUUUGUUAGAUCAGUCACUCUUACGUCCCGGACGUCUCGACAAGCUUACGUAUGUUGGUCCAUACACAGGAUUGAGAGAAAAAACAUCUGUUCUGCAGGCACUUUGUAGGAGUUAUAAAUUAAGGCCUGAAGUGAAUCUGGAAGAUGUAGCGGAGGCACUACCAGUACGUUGCACGGGCGCGGACCUAAUGCAUGUGGUGUCUACGGCGCGAUCCGCAGCUGUGCGCGACCUCGUGGAUAAGUUAAAAAGUGGACUCGUCAAAGAAAGUGAACUGAGCAGUGAUUCAGUAUUAAUAGGCGUAUCCGAGUUAUGGCAUGGAGUAGAAUCAUUUCGACCAUCUGUUACUGAAGAAGAAUUAGCAUAUUAUGAGUCGCUACAGUCACAAAUGUAACAUAUAUAUUCUAAAACCAAAACCAAAACAUUAAAAGUAUUGUAUAACAUUAUUAUUAACGUUUUAUUAAUGUCUCUUAUUCAAUGUAAUAAUACGCAUAUAUCCAAUACCAAAAAUAAAUAAAUUGUAUUAUUAAAUAAGGGUUUCUUCCAAACUAUCUUUAUGUAAACUUCAUAAAUGUAAUAGAAGAUAAAUAUUGUGACUUUCGAAAG